UCUCCUCUCACCUUACAGCUUCCUUGCGUGACCACCAUGGCAGACAAGCCAAAGUCCUCAAUCCCAGAGUGGCAAAAGUCCAAUGCCGGUUCGGAGCGUAGCAGCACUGGCACCACCGCCACCACCACCAACCCAAGCGCAGAUGAUAACGACACCGAAGAGCGCCCAGCGCUCCUCGACCAAGCCGCCAAGUUCCUCCAAGAUGACUCCAUUCGCGACGCCCCUGUCGAACGCAAGAGAACAUUCCUCGAGUCCAAGGGCCUGCGCAACGACGAGAUUGACCUGCUCCUAAGCCAGUCCCCAGAGGAGUCCAGCACCUCGGAGGAGCCGAGCAGUAACCCCGAGGUCGCCAACAACCACGAAGCUCCCAGCAGCAGCAGCAGCGCAUCUACACCACACUCCUCCCCCUCCUCAACAGCAACAACAGCAACAUCCACCUCACCCACCCCACCUCCACUCCGCGACAUCCCCCCAAUAAUCACCUACCCGGAAUUCCUGACCACGCCCGCCACGCAACCGCCGCUCAUCACCCUGCGCAGCACGCUGUACACCCUCUACGGCGCCGCCGGCCUAGCAACCACCUUCUACGCCGCCAGCGAAUACCUGGUGAAACCGAUGAUCGCCCAACUGACCGCGGCGCGCCGCGACCUGGCCGAAACCACCACCACCAACCUGCGCACCCUGAACACGAAACUCGAAUCCGUCGUCUCCACCAUCCCCCCGCCUCCCAGCAGCACCAACGCCCCUGCAAACCCCGAAGGCGGCGCAGACGACGAAGACACGGAAUCCAUAAUCUCCGACCCUACGGAACUCUUCCACCGCGACGUCGCCGUGCAGACCAGCCCGAGCCCGAGCCCCAAUCCCCAACUCGAACCCACCCAACCCUCCCUGAUCACAGCAACAACAAAUGAAGACCCCACCCCCCUCGCAAAAGCCCGCACCCACACGGCCAGAAUGCACACCCUGACGGCCCACCUCCGCUCCCUGACGGACACCGACCAUGCCGCCUCGGAGCUCGACACCGCCCUCCGCGCCAAGCUGAACGACCUCCACCAUUACCUGGAUACCUAUAUCUACAGUAAACCCGGGGCGGGGGCCAUGUUCAACCCCAUGGCCGGGUAUGGGGUGUUCAGUACCCCCGGGGUGGAUGCCACGAAUACAUCCGGGACUAACGGGAACGGGGGGUUGGGGUUGGGGAAAGGGGAGGAGGAUGCCAUCGCCAAUUUUCGGACGGAGAUCCGCGGCGUCAAGGGGGCGUUGUUGAGUGCCAGGAACUUUCCGGCGGGUGGGGGCGGUAGUAGAGGG